AUGCAAUCAGAUGAUAUUAUUUGGGAUGUUAUAAAUAAGAAUUUCUGUUCUUUUAAAACAACAUUUAAUAAAACUAAAUUUUGUAAAAAUGAAUAUAAUGUAACUGGUGUUUGUAAUAAAGUAUCAUGUCCAUUAGCAAAUAGUAGAUAUGCAACAGUACGUGAAGAAGAAGGUGUAUGUUAUUUAUAUAUGAAAACAGUUGAAAGAGCUCAUACUCCAAAUAGACUUUGGGAAAAGAUUAAAUUGGAUCCAAAUUUCAUGAAAGCAAUAGAACAAAUCGAUAGUCAUUUAGAAUUUUGGCCAGGUCAUAUGAGUCAUAGAGUUAAACAAAGAUAUAUUAGAAUUACACAAUAUUUAAUUAGAAUGAGAAAAAUGAGAAAACAAAUCAAACGUGAAUUAGUACCAAUUAAAAAGAAAGCAGAAAGAAGAGAUGCAACUCGUGAGAAUAAAGCAUUGAUUGCAGCUCAUUUAACUACAAAUAUUAAGAAAGAAUUAUUAGAGAGAUUGAAUAAGGGUACUUAUGCUGAUAUGCAUUAUUUCCCAGAAGAUAUUAUUAAUAAUGUUUUGGAGAAAGAAGGUGAAGCCGAUCAAUUCAGUGAAGAAGAAGCUGAUGAAAAUGAAGAAGAAGGUGAAGAAGAAAUGGAAGAAGAAUUUGAAGAUGAUAUCGAUGAUAUUGAAGAUGCUGGUGGUGCUUUCGAAUAUGUCGAGGGUGAUGAUGAUGAAGAUGAUAUUGAUGAUGAAUACGAAAAUGAACCAUACCAAGAUGAUGAUGAAGAAGAUGAUGAUGAUGAUGAUGAUGAUGACGAAGAAGUUAAACCACAAAUUACAAAGAAGAGAGGUCCAACCUUCAAACCAACCAAAAAAACACCACAAAAACGUGUACAUAUGGAAGUCGAAAUCGAAGAAGAAACCGAAAACCAAGCAAAUUAA